AUGAUUGGAAUUUGUGAAAAUUUCAAACCUAAAAAGUGUAAAUACUUUAUAACAUUGUCGUCAUCUUUAACUUCGCAACAAAGGCAACAAGAUGAUGAUAAAGUUGAUAAUGACAUUGAUAAAGAUUUUGAUGAUUUGGUUAAUCUUGAAACAAUGUUUAUAGAAAUAGGUAAAGAGGAUGGUAUAAAAGCAGGAUUUAAUUCAGGAAAAUUAGAAGGCUAUGUUCUUGGAUGUGAAAAAGGAUUUGAAAUUUCGCAAGAAAUUGGAUUCUAUAAUGGCGUGACUGAAAUUUGGUUGAAAUUCAUUGUUGGUUUAGAUGAUUCUUCUAAUCUUUUGCCAAAAACGGGUAUCAUCACUAAUUUUUUGAAAAUUGUCCAAUGUCAAUUCAAUGCCAACAGUUUUAGCAAUAGCAAUCAAAUGUAG